AAAAAAAAAUACUUUUAUUAUCUUAUUUUAUAGAUGAUGAACAUAUAUUAGAAUUUGAUACGGAUUCCAAUGAUGAAAGUGAAAAUGAAUAUGAUAUAUCUUCAUCAAGAGUAUCUUCAACUAUACAAUUUCCAGCUUUACUCGAUGAUAAAAAUAUUCAUAUUCGUAAUGCAUAUAUUGAUAGAAAACAUAUUUGUUCCGAAUUUAUUUUAAUGAUUGAACAUAAAGAAACAAUUGCUAUUAGUUGUUUUACGAAAAAACUAACAAAACAAAUAUCUGAUUCAAAUGUAUUUCAUAUUAAUAAUCAGGAAGAAUUACAUUUAUAA